AUGGACGGCGUGAAGAAAAUACAUUCGGGAACUUUGUAUCGUAACGGUCCGGUCGAGGGUGCGUAUGGUCCGCAACACAGCCCCGUGUCGCGGUCCGACGCCUCCACCGAGGACGCGGAGUUGUCCGCAGCACUCGCUCACCAGCACCACCUAGCUAUGCAGGCUGGCGAUUAUCCGGUGGGUAGUGGUGUUGAGCCAGACUAUGGUCAAUAUGUAUCCUCCCCCGCAGCGCACUACAACCAUAUGGGACACCUAACGAUGGCGCCCUCGCAAAAAUAUCCCCAUGUGAUGGAGGCAGUAUCAGUGGGCAGUGGGUACGCGGGUGGAGUGGCGGGCACCGGCGCAGGACACUACGGCACGUACGCGCACUACGGGGCGGCUUACCCCGCGCAGCCUGCUUACCUAGUUGAGCCUCAGGUGCCUGCUUAUAUGGCUCAGGAAUAUGUGGAAGGUGGAGGUAGCGCGUCACCUCGAAGCACCUCGCCCGGAGCCAUGCCGUCGCAACACAAUCUACAUCUACAACAGAGGUACGACUCGGCGUCGCUCGAGCAGCUCGGCCGCCACUACUGCGUGACGUCGCCGCGCGGCGAGUACGCGGGCGACGCGUACGCGUACCAGCACUACCCCACCGCGUACGAGCCGACGCACCAGCCGACUGCUUUUAAGGAUUCACAAAAUGGCCUCAGUUUAGGAAGCACAGGCGGUCAAUCAAUGUAUGGCGAUGAAGAGGAAUUGCAAAAACAAAUGGCGAAUAUGGCAUUAGUCCACGGCGGUGUGGGGGUGGGCGUGGGGGGCCGCGAGGACGGCGGGGGGCUGCAGUGGCGGGACCCCAACCUGCCCGAAGUGAUCGGCUUCCUCAACUCCCCCUCCGAUGUGGUGAAAGCGAAUGCGGCUGCGUAUUUACAACACUUGACCUAUAUGGACGAUCCGAAUAAACAGAAAACAAGGAGUUUAGGUGGGAUCCCCCCGCUGGUGCGGCUGAUCUCGCACGAGAACCCCGAGGUGUGCCGCAACGCGUGCGGCGCGCUGCGCAACCUCUCAUACGGCCGGCAGAACGACGAGAACAAGCGCGCCAUACGCGACGCCGGCGGCAUACCCUCGCUCAUGGCGCUAUUAUGUCGUACCGCUGAUAUGGAGGUAAAAGAACUGGUGACGGGUGUUAUUUGGAACAUGUCAUCGUGUGAGGACCUAAAGCAGUCGAUAAUAGACGACGCAGCUCAAGUUAUAGUGAACAAAGUGAUCAUACCACAUUCCGGCUGGCACCCCACCAACCCUGGCGAUACAUACUGGUCCACUAUAUUCCGCAACGCGUCGGGCGUGCUGCGCAACGCGUCGUCGGCGGGCGAGUACGCGCGCCGCCGCCUGCGCUCGCUGCCGGGCCUGGCCGAGGCGCUGCUGCACGCCGUGCGCGCCGCGCUCGCCGCCAACGCCAUCGGCACCAAGAUCGUAGAGAACUGCGUCUGCGUGCUGCGCAACCUCUCCUACAGGUGUCAAGAAAUUGAAGACCCACUAUACGACACUCGAGCCCCGCCCACACAGUCGUCCGGACAAGCGAGGAUACAAGCAAGCGCGUCGAAAGGUGAAAAUCUUGGUUGUUUUGGUGGUAGUAAAAAGAAGAAAGAAGGCUCGUCUUCAUCGAACUCCACCAGUCCUUUAGGCAAGAGUGAUCCGGAACCACAGCAGUUGGAUAACAACACUAACUCACAGUUGGGUUACAGUGUGCCUAAAGGCACUGAAAUGUUAUGGUCACCUGAGGUGGUGCCGCUGUACAUGGCGCUGCUGCAGACGUGCUCGAACCCGGAGACGUUGGAGGCGGCAGCGGGCGCGCUGCAGAACCUCGCCGCCUGUUACUGGCAGCCCUCUAUAGAUAUACGAGCCGCUGUUAGGAAAGAGAAAGGGCUGCCGAUCUUGGUGGAGCUGCUGCGCAUGGAGGUGGACCGCGUGGUGUGCGCGGUGGCCACGGCGCUGCGCAACCUGGCCAUCGACCAGCGCAACAAGGAGCUCAUCGGCAAGUACGCCAUGCGAGACCUCGUGCAGAAGCUGCCAAGCGGCAACCACCAGCACGACCAGGGUACAUCAGACGACACGAUAGCCGCAGUACUGGCGACUCUGAAUGAAGUAAUCAAGAAGAGUGCAGAGUUUUCCCGUUCCCUACUAGAAGCCGGUGGUGUAGAGAGACUCCUCAACUUGACCAAGCAACGUCACCGUCACACGCCAAGAGUUUUAAAGUUUGCUGCCCAAGUGCUAAUGACGAUGUGGUCGCACGCGGAACUGCGCGAGGUGUACCGCAAGCACGGCUGGCGUGAGGCGGACUUCCUGACCCCGGCGCGCGCCGCGCAGCCACGCGCCUCCUCCAACACUAGCGGUCAGGGUACGCCGAUGUCGGGCGCGCCCCACUCGCCGGGCGCCGCCAACAGCACGCUCAGCCGCCCCAUGGCCUCCACUGGCGGCACUCGCUACGAGGACAGGACUAUACGGCGGCAUCGCGAGAGCGAUGAUAUGCCAGCAAUGGACGUGAAUUAUGCGGACGGACUCGGUAUGGGGAAUCCCAACGGUAGACCCAUGAACCUUCAAGGGGUCCAAGCGCAAAUGCCGCCCCCAAGCAGCCGC